AGGACAAUCUUUGCUGAUCUAUGGUUGACACUUAACCUAAAAUAAAAUGAGUAUUCCUCGAGUGAAAAAAUAUUAGUAUAUUUAAUAAAUUAAGAUGAAGAUAUUCAGUAGCCUUUUUGUGGCCAGGCCUAUUCCUAAAGAGCCAGUUCCAUUUAAAGAAUUACUACCUUUAAAGCUGAAAGGAGCCGUUUCUGGUAAAGGUGGGAAAUCCUCUGAUGUAUGUUGUAUUUAUGAAAUGUCUAUAAUGUUUGCUUGCUUUAAAGAAAAUGAAUUUAAUCAGGCCGUUUGUUCGAAAGAAAUUGAAUCAUUUAAAAAAUGUUAUAAAAACCAUUUAGAUGCAAAGAAAUUAAAGGAGGAAAAGGAAGCUAAAGGUGUAUUGACUCCUGGAGAAAAGAAAAUGUCCCAUAAGCAACUGAAUGCACUGUUGAGAAAGUUUCCUAACAUUAAAUAGUUGUUGAGAAAAGAUGUAGGUACUAU